UAGGAAGUGUUUCAUGAUUCAAGAUAAGAAAGACCUUCACUUCCUCCUUCUGUACUUACAGGGCUGAACUGCCACUGAGGCUGCACCGUCCACCCCAACAGCCCUCUCGCAAAAUGGACCAGGAAGCCCUGGGAAGAGUUGUCCUGCUUGCCAUCGUCACCUUGAUAAGUGUUGUCCAGAAUGCAUUUUUUGCUAGCAAAGUGGAGCAUGAAAGCAAACACUGCAAUGGCAAGGGGUUCCAGCGGCCGGGAUCCUCCGCCUUUGACCGCGUCUACACUGCCAACCAGAACUGUGGACACGCGUACCCUACGUUUCUGGCUGUGAUGUGGUGUGCUGGCCUUCUCUGCAGCCAAGCUCCUGCCGCCUUUGCCGGCCUGAUGUACCUGUUUGUGAGGCAGAAGUACUUUGUGGGCUACCUCGGGGAAAGGACUCAGAGCACUCCCGGUUACUUGUUUGGAAAGCGCAUCAUUUUGUUCCUGUUCCUCAUGUCCGUGGCUGGAAUACUCAACUACUAUCUCAUCUUCUUUUUCGGAAGUGACUUUGAAAUGCACAUAAAAACGAUAACCAGCGCGAUCUCUCCAUUGCUGCUCAUCCCGUAGCUCCCUGCAGCACUGUGAGGGUCAGCGUGCUUAAUAUAUCCAUACCCAGAAGCAGCCAUAAUUCAACUGUUUAAGAAAUGAACCCAUAACCCUUUUAGAUUGCUGUAAAUCUCAUGCUUGAUGGGCUUUGUAGUUUGGUUUAACCUUGCUUUUUCCUUCAGGAAAAAGAUUUAUUGUGCGCACUUCGGCAUGCCCAAGGAAUGGUAACAACUUCCAGUUAAUUCUUUAAGGGUUUUAUUCCAUA